AUGGCUGCCUCAUCCAGUCAACCUGAGACUGUAAGUAAUAACUUUAUUUAACGAGGGUAAAGACAUUGAUUACUGGUCACCCAGUAAUUUUCAUAAUGGCUCUCCUACAAUUAAAGUAAUAAAAUGUAUCGAUUAAUUAAUUAACUACCUAUAUAAUCUAUCAACUAAAAUUACAUAAUGAACUGCUAUUAAUACAAUAUUGAUUAAUUGACUACUAAUGAAACUAAAAGGUUUUACUGUGAAAGCAGAAUGCAGUCUGGACAAUCCAAAGGUUCAUUCUUUUUUCUUAAUUCUUUUGACAAAUAGCUAUAUUUUAUUCCUGUUACACCAUAAAGAGUCAUUUCAUCAGGGGCACCCAACGACAAUUUUCGGAAAAAUAUCUGUUCGGAAGACGAUUUGAGAGCUAGAAUUUUCGGAACAUUUGUUGUAAAAUUUCUUGCUUGCCUGUUCCUCCUAGGAUUUUCGAACAUCCAAAAUAUGGUAUAAUUGCCUAUUUUAAACGGAUUUUUACUCUAAAAAGGUCACCUAGAAUUUUCGGGAGCCUUUUUUCUGGCUGAAAUUUUCGAAAAGGUAAGAUUCGAUCCCUAUAAUUUUCGGAUCACUAGACUUUCAGCUAGGAGAUCCGAACAGAUGAAACAUUUUUAGGGGAUAAAAAUAUGCCUAUGUCUACUCUUUAAAUACCAAAAUACAUUUAACAAUGCUAUGUUUUAGUGGUUUUGAACUAUAUUCUCCUUUGGAGCCCCUGUUUCAUGGCCUUUGAAGAUAACUUAAUGAUUAUUUGGUAAUGUGUCCCCCAAAAUGAACAUUAAAAGUUGCUAGAUGCUGUGUAAAAACUGCUUUCAUCAAGAAAACAGAAAACUACACGCGAUGGUGUGACCAUGUCCUUUUGGUGCCUGGGUGUGGUGAAAAUAAGGAAUGCAGUGGACAUUACAUUUGGGGCAUUUGUUUGUUUGCUUAAUAAUAAAAUUUGACAAUAUUAUAUUGUAAUAUUAAUUCCUAUUUUUUUUGUUUUAUUCUAAAGACACUGUAAUAACAACUGUAUGUGUUACUGUGGUGUGAAAUUGGAGUGAAAAUUUGGCUAUUCUAUGCCUAUCAACUUAGUUUACAAUUUAUGUACUAACAGUUGACAGUUCCCAAACCUGCUAUGUUUGUUGGUCUUGUAUCUCCUAACUAUUCACUUUUAUUGUUAUUGUUUUUGUAGGCUUGCUGUUCUGAGACCAGUGAUCCAGUGUUGCAUGUUACUCUUCUUGGUGGUGAGUGGGGUUCAUCUGCUGGUGGGUUGUCAACUAUAAACAGAGAGCUUGCUAUUCACCUUUCAAAUCAUUCAGCAGUGAAGGUUUCUUUGCUGGUCCCAGAAGGAGCUUGUAACACUGAAGAAGUAAGAGAAGCAGGUGGCUAUGGAAUCACCAUUGUUGAGGCAAAAGAACGUGCAGCAUAUGAUCGUCUUGAUUGGUUGAGCAUCCCACCCCAGGACCACUUCAUGGACAUCGUUGUUGGCCACGGUGUAAAACUUGGUAGACAAGUACAAUUCAUUAGAGACUCUGCUCAAUUUCCAAAUUGCAAGUGGGUACAAGUGGUUCACACUGCUCCAGAGGACCUUAGCAGAUACAAAUGCUACAGGGACCCCAUUUCAAAAGGUGAAACAAAACACGAAUCAGAAGUUGAACUUUGCAAACUUGCUGAUCUUGUUGUACCUGUUGGACCCAGACUGAAAGAAGCCUACACUUCAUAUUUACAGCGAUGCAAGACAGCUGAUCGAGACGUUUUGACCAUUACUCCAGGCCUUUUUCAAAGGGAGUUUGGGAAUUUAGUGGCAAAACAAGAUCCUAACGAGGAUGGCAUAUUCAAAGUGUUGUUAUUUGGUCGUGGGGAUGAUGAGGACUUUGAACUCAAAGGAUACAACAUUGCUGCUCAAGCAUUCACUGAUCAACGGCUAAAAAAUAAACCUUAUCAUCUAAUCUUUGUUGGAGCACCUGAAGGGAAGCAAGAAGAGGUUAGACAAAAACUUCUUCAGCAUGGUAUUGCAGAAGCACAGUUGACUGUUAGAAAAUUUAUACAAGGUAGAGACAGACUGAAAGAUUUGCUGUGUGAAGCUGACCUUGUAAUAAUGCCAUCAAAAUCCGAGGGAUUUGGUCUUGUUGCACUUGAAGCCUUGUCUGCAGGUUUACCUAUUCUUGUUGGUAGUAAUUCGGGAAUUGCCAAAGCAUUAGAAAAUGUUCCUAAUGGUUAUUCAUGCAUCGUCUUUUUUGAUGAUCCUGCAAAAUGGGCAGAAGCAAUUGAAGCUGUUCGUGUCAGGCAUCGAAUGCGACUUGAAGAGAUUAAAGCACUUAAAGCAUCUUAUGGAGAGAUGUACAGUUGGAAGGAACAAUGCAAAGAGUUUGUGAAGAGAAUGUGGAAAAAGGUCAAUGGUAAGAGAUGCUGCUGUGAAACUCAUAAAACUAUGGACAUGAAAAAUAUUGACUAAACGCCAUAGGCUGUUGCGAGGAGACAGCCAAUUAGGCCUAGUUUGUGGGUUUGACAUUUGCUUGUGUUUCUUGAACAAUUUAAUCUCGUACACAGGGGUGCUUACCAUUUGACGGAAAAUUUCGGAAAUUCCGGAUGGAAUUCCAACGGAAAAUAGUGGGGUACGUUUUGAGGUAGUCCUUUCAUUCCGGUUGGUACGAACCAAAUGGAAUGUUGCUUACCAUUAACCAAUUUCUUGGUUCCUUCUCGGUUCGAGACUCACGCGACACAAAUUCGCCGUCUUUUUGGAUUCAAACCGUAACGGAUGUGGCAUUUCUACGGUAAACUGGCAAAUCGCUUACCAUUAUGCUUUCGACACCCCAACCGGAUUUUUCUGUCAAAUGGUAAGCACCCCAGAUCUCUUGUCAACAAAAAGAUCUGGGUACAAGAUUUUGAACAAUAAUUAUUGUGAUUGGUCGCUACACAAUCAAUUUCCUGAAGUAUUUCAAUUGUACUUGUUUUUCUCAGCGCGCAAGCAAUUAGUUCUAACAAAGUGAUUUUGUAUUUAAGUGUUUUAGCAGUGUUAUGGUCAUUUAGUUUUUUACAUACGUGGCUAUAAUGGGCACUACAGUCUGUAAUUAUGUACCCUUUUGAAAUAUAGUGUCAUUUAUUCAUUCAUAGUAAACAUUAAUAGUACUUUUACAGCAUAAAGUUAUAGCAAAUGAAUAGAAUUUUUCAGUCUUUGAUGCAGGGGACUAAAAAGCUAAUUAUUUCUUUGACCAUUCGAGGUAAUAAUUGUCUGCAAAUUAAUAAGUAUUAUGCGUGAAUGUUCUAUUAUGAAAAGUGUAGCUCAUGAAAUACAUAUAAAGUAGGUCCACUGUCCAGUGCGAAUCCUGAGGCACUUGCCAUUCCAGCACGCCUAGUGAAUUUUUACUUUCUUUAAAACAACCCUUAAGUUUCUCUUAUUAUUAUUAUUAUUAUUAGAAAUUUGUACCGCGCAGUUUCUAUGAAAAUAUUCAACUGCGCUCUUCAGCGAAAAGGAACUUUCAACUUUGUACCCUCGAAAUAAAAGUAUUGUUGUAACCAAUCAACAGGGUCAUCCGAAAACGGCAACAAACGAAGAAUUAAAGAGCCGCUUGUUGAAGAAAGUUUUCUUGGUAAAAGUGCUGAAAAGAAACCUCCUUUUGCUGCAGGAGGUCAAACUGAAAUAUCUCAGUCUCAAAGUGGGCGUAAGCGUAAAAUUUCAGGACCUUCCUCUUAUCCAGGUAUAUAUGUAAACACUUUAUUAAUUUUGACAAUUUUGCUUNAAACAUUAAUAGUACUUUUACAGCAUAAAGUUAUAGCAAAUGAAUAGAAUUUUUCAGUCUUUGAUGCAGGGGACUAAAAAGCUAAUUAUUUCUUUGACCAUUCGAGGUAAUAAUUGUCUGCAAAUUAAUAAGUAUUAUGCGUGAAUGUUCUAUUAUGAAAAGUGUAGCUCAUGAAAUACAUAUAAAGUAGGUCCACUGUCCAGUGCGAAUCCUGAGGCACUUGCCAUUCCAGCACGCCUAGUGAAUUUUUACUUUCUUUAAAACAACCCUUAAGUUUCUCUUAUUAUUAUUAUUAUUAUUAGAAAUUUGUACCGCGCAGUUUCUAUGAAAAUAUUCAACUGCGCUCUUCAGCGAAAAGGAACUUUCAACUUUGUACCCUCGAAAUAAAAGUAUUGUUGUAACCAAUCAACAGGGUCAUCCGAAAACGGCAACAAACGAAGAAUUAAAGAGCCGCUUGUUGAAGAAAGUUUUCUUGGUAAAAGUGCUGAAAAGAAACCUCCUUUUGCUGCAGGAGGUCAAACUGAAAUAUCUCAGUCUCAAAGUGGGCGUAAGCGUAAAAUUUCAGGACCUUCCUCUUAUCCAGGUAUAUAUGUAAACACUUUAUUAAUUUUGACAAUUUUGCUUUCUGCUGCCUCUGUCUUGUAGUGCAUGAGCAAAAGGUGGGCUGUUUUUUUCAGGUUACAGACUGGAGGCACCUUUUCCUACACUGAGGAGAGUUUACCGUUUAAUUUUAAGCAGUGAAAAAAUUGAUUUGAGUGAUUGAAACUAACCUACUGUUAUGUUACCCGAAUUAGUGCAGCGUUUUAACCAGGUGUUUUCAUGGCAAGAAAAUAAACUAUUGCAAGAAGAAGUAAUUAGGAUACUGCCUAUAUUUUGAUAACACGUACCUUCUCAGUGUUGCUAUCUUUUACUUUCAGACAUUGUUACCAGGCAUUGUUACCAGGACCUUACUGAUGAACAGGAAGAAAUAAUCCAUGAAACUCUAACAAGACAAAUACAAUUGUACACUAAAUAUCGUAGGGUUUCAACAGCCGAUGGAGUGUCUGCUCUGAUUGAACAUAUACAGGAUGCGUACAACUUGGCCUUGAAAUCUGUGGGCGUCGGAUCUCUCGAAAUAACAUUUCAGUGCCCCUCCCUGGAGAGUCUUGAAAGUUUGUGGAGUGACUAUCAGACUGGUCACCUCAAUAAUAUUGCUCAGAGAUACCUUGUGACUGAUGACAUAAAGAAGAAGCUGAACUUGGAGAAUGUCAA